GGCUAUAAAAUACCAACACCAAUUCAAAGAAAGACAAUACCUAUUAUUAUGAAUGGUAAAGAUGUAGUAGCAAUGGCUAGAACAGGUAGUGGAAAAACUGCAGCUUUCUUGAUUCCACUGUUUGAGCAGUUAAAGAUUCACUCAUCAAAUGGAGCUAGAGCUAUGAUUAUGUCACCUACUAGAGAGUUAGCUUUACAAACAUUAAAGUUUACUAAAGAGGUGAGUGUUUUGUGA